GGAGACGACACUUUUGCAAAUUGUUUCAUUGCAUGUAAAUAAUUAUUGGCCUCAAGGUGUCUAUUCGAGGGAAGCAGACUGCACUGCGAAAGAAGACAACCCCCUGCCAAACGCUAGAACAAAAUUUUCACAGUAACUUGUGAUAGGGCCUUGAUAAAGCCACGAAUCGUGCAUAUUCAAUCCAACAGACACCAUCAUGGAGAUCCGAUGCACAAGUGCCCUAUCUCACAGGCUGUCUUCUGGCCAGAUCAGACUCCAACAACGGGGCCUCUGGAAGCAAUCAUCUGGAAGAAAACGAUGCUCAUUGCUGCAAGUAAGGGCUGUCUCAGACGAGAACACAGACAAGCCUGACGAAGCGCUGUCAGAGGAAGCAAGACUGGAGGCGUUGGAACGCGGAGUGAGGCGCAAGCAAGGAGCUCGAACGGUGAACGCACAGAUCCGACGGGUGGAAUCAUCCAGAAGUGCAGCCCAAUCCGAGCGUGGCAUGGCCCCUUGGAAGGAAGGAGAGCUGUUUCCAGAGGGCUGGGAGGACAUGCCAGUCACGCAAAAGAUUGCAGAGCUAUACACUGGCAAGCGGGGCGUGCUGUUCUGGGCUGGCAAGAUCACCUAUGCACUCACCUUUGCAGUCAUGGCAGGCUGGGUGAUUUUCCGGUUCAUCCUUCCGCAGCUGGGUGUGCUGGAGCUGCAAAAUGGAUUGGACUCGCCGCCAAACAUGGGCUGAUCCUGUCUGUUACUUGAAUGCGACAUCCCAGCCUGUGUCAUGCUGCAGAAUCAUUGGUCUCACCCUGAGGGAAGACUGUUGCGGUAUGCCAACACUUAUCAUAAGAAUUUGCAACAUGGGUUGCCCUGUCAUGUGCUUGCCACUUCUUCACGCAGCAUUUUACAGAUAGCUCAAGACAAUUGAGUUCAAUUCAUAUUACGGGUCUCAAAGUGUCAGAUCGGGUCACGAACAUCAUGUAUGUCGAGGAACCUGUACAGUAUGCC